UUCUCAGAAGUAGCCACGCAGCAAAUAGUUUCUCGGAUACGUUAAGUAAAGUGUGUUAUAGAUGGAUAUAAGGCUAGCAUCUGGUGAAAUUCAACAUCGUAGACUAUCAGUUUAAAGCAUAUCAGGUGACAGAGAAAGAGAUGAGCUGGCGCUGUGAAUGAGUGGAUGUUACACAAGUAGGUUCUCCACCAACUGCGGACUCGCUCCGAGGGUAGGACAGAUCGGCUUGUCAGCUGCCGUCCCUCGACGUUUGACUAUAGGAAAGAGCGAGAGGGAGAACUCUCUAACGGCCGGCUACUCGAGAGUUGAGAACGCACCCCCUCACAGACGGGAGUUGGAGCGGAGGUUUGGCUCUCCGUCGUCAGUCAAGUGUAGUAGCUGUGAAACUGUGAGCAGACGAUCGUAGGCAGACGACAAGGAGCGCGCGCUGUGAAGACGGACGUCUCAGGUGGACACGAGACGGACUCGACUGUCGGUGUUUGCUGACAGAUGUGCAAAUAUUUUUAUACUCAGUGGAAUUACUGUGAAGAAAAUCAAAUAGUCAUUUCCAUUUUUUUGUGAUAUUACCCACUGAUUAAUGUCCCCCGCGUCGGUGGGCAGUUGAUUGUGUGGUCCAGUAGAUGGCUGGCCAGUUGGCCGGAGGUUGAUCAGUGGACGCGUGAGGAUACCUGGGAGACUAGAGAGGACAACGUCGUGUGGACGAGAUGGAGCUGAAGCCGUGGUGGUUGCUGUUGCUAUUGGAGACUAUUGGGAUGUACGCCGUCGUGGACGCCGCACCGGACAACAGCACGAGGCACUUUCGUCAUGGGCGUCACGUGUGUGUUCAUCACCGUCAGAUGGCGCAACCCAUCCCCGUGCGGCAAAGCUACAUCCGACCUAUAUACCGCCAGACCAUGGGCAUGUGUGAGAACUACAGAAUCUGUCCCCGAUAUAGUUUAGCUUACGCGGUAGCGUUCCGAACCAUCUUCCACGUCCGCAUCAGCACGAAGAGUGUCCACGACUGCUGCCCCGGCUGGGGAAGGAAGUCAAAGCGAGACAAGGACUGCAUGAAACCGGUGUGUCAAGGUGGCUGCUUCAAUGGCGGUCAGUGCACGGCUCCCCACACAUGUGAGUGCUCGGAGGGGUGGACAGGCAAGAGUUGUGACCAGGAUAUCAACGAGUGUGCUACACCCAACAACUGUCAACAGGUGUGUCACAAUCUACCCGGGCGAUACGAGUGUGGAUGUCACGAUGGAUUCGAUCUUCUUCCGGACAAAGUGACGUGUAAAUUGUGCAUCUCCUGCAUGUCGGAGUACAAGGAGAUGAAGAAGACCAUCAGCAGCCUCAUGGUCAAGGUGAAGAAUCUCGAGGAUGAAAAGAACUUCCUGAUGGGGAAUGUAUCCUACCUGGCUGACCAUUACCAGGAAGCCAUGGUAACCAUGCACGAGCUGAAGUCAGCUACCAGACCCCCUCCCACCACAACAACGCCCGACCCCAUCAAAUUUCAUCCGGCCUACGACCAGCAUGGCUCCAUCCCAUUGGACAGGAUAGCCUCGCUGAGUGAACAGAUCUCACUGCUGGAAGAGAGAUUAGAAGGAUGUACCUGCCGAAACAACGAAAAAAGACGAGGGCGGGGAAACUACUGAAGAUGAAGAUGAUGUGGCGUUGACACUGACGUGGUGGUGACAAUGUGCUGUCCAUAUUGACAUGGCGCUGAUCCUGACGUCGUGUGAACAUUGACGUGACCUUGACACUGACGCCAUGUACAUAUUGACGUGAUCUUGACUCUGGCGUUGUGUUAACAUGGACGUGGUGUUUUGUGGUGAAUGUAGACCAUUCAACCACCUGAGUGACUGGACACUCCAAGCUUAUGUGUUCUACCUUUUCAACACCGGAAGUGUUCAUUGUGUACGACAACAAACUAUAGACACGUAGCAACAUCCAGCAUGGCCACAUACACGUGACGAUGCUUAGUUUGUUCAUCCCGGAAGUGACGUCAACUGCAUCUACCGGAAGAAGAUGGCUGCUUGGUGGUCGGUACAGACACGCCCCUGCCAGUGUAGACAAGCUGUUCCUGUACAAACAUACUAUGUUCUGUACAGACACACGACCUCCUGUACAGACCUCUGUUCGUCCAUGUCAUGUGCCUUUUCACGGACGGUCCGAGAGCAUUCUCAGAUCGAGCUUUAUUUCUCAGGAAAAUCGAAUGUGUUACUCAUGCUACAGAUUUAUUGCUUGUGUACUGAUAGAUGUAUCAGGUGUGCUAUAUCUUCCAUGCAAGUGUAUUCAAUAUGUUGUAUUUGAUAUCUGAUAUAGUGGAACCCGUUAAUCCAGACUACGUCGGUUUGGAAAACUCAGCUUAAUCUCCAUGUUGGUUGGGUUUAAACUGAGGGACAAAAGAAAGUGUACCGAGUUUGUUUAGAUGUAAAAAAUCUAGAAAGACCUCUUCUUAAUUUGAAUAUGUUUAUUCAAACAUCACUAAUAUUUGCAACUGUUAGUGAAAUUUUGUGAAAAAUAUUUUUGUGGAAAUUUUGUGGAAAUAUAUUCUUUCAGUGAAACACGUGACCAUCUAUAAAAUGUAAAUUUGUGCAAAAACCCCCAAAUUUAUUGAUUUCCAAUGAUAACAGUUGUAGGAUAACCGUGAGCAAUAGUGUAUUCUGUGCAUU